UCCACUUUCUCAAAUGGAGAACCUGUCCUUGAAGUUCAAUACUGAUGGUGUGUCCAUAUUCAAAUCCUCAAAUUCCAGUAUAUGGCUUGUGUUCUUCCAAGUAAAUGAAUUACCUCCAAUUAAAAGGAGACGUUUAGAGAACAUGGUAUUGGGUGGUCUCUGGUUCGGUGACAAAAAACCAGUAAUGUCCACUUUUUUGAAGCCCUUCAAAGCAUCUUUAGAAGUUCUCGAAACAAAAGGGAUGGACAUUGUAAUUCCAGGUAAAGGCUUAACCACAAGUAAAAUAUUUCUUCUUGGUUCAGUCCUCGAUUUGCCAGCCAGAUGCAGCUUCUUGGAAAUGGUUCAAUUUAAUGGCUUUUGCAGCUGUUGCUACUGCAUGACUCUUGAAAAAUCUUGUAAAUUGAAUGAAACAGAAGGUCAUAGGGGAAGAGUAACAGUUUUUCCAUUCAACUUUGAAUCCACCAAUGGUUUUGGCCCUGAACGUACCAGCAGAGGCAUGAUUGCUGAUGGUUUAGAGUUCCUCCAGGGUAAAUCAGCAGGAAAGCCAGUGAAUGGAAUGAAAGGUGUCUGCCAGUUUGCUAGCCUAAAGACCUUUGAUAUCAGCAGAGGCAUUUGCUUGGAUUACAUGCAUGGGGUGCUCUUAGGUGUUACCAAGCAACUAAUGAGUCUUUGGUUAGAAUCGAAGUAUAAAGAUCAAUCCUGGUACUGUGGUGACUAUCUGUGUCUGAUAGAUGAGAGGCUCUGCAGCAUCCAGCCGCCAAUAAAUAUCACUAGGACACCAAGAUCGAUUGAGACUCAUCCCAAAUAUUUUAAAGCAACUGAAUACCGAAAUUGGUGGCUCUACUACAGCAUUCCUUGCCUUAUUGGCAUUCUGCCAGAGGUAUAUCUGCACCACUUCAUGCUUCUUGUGUUUGGUAUAUGGCUUCUCAAUCAGGAGAAUAUUUGUCCAGAAGACUUGCAUUUGAGUGCAAUACUUCUGCAGAAAUUUGUGAUGCUGGUUGAUGCUCUUUAUGGCGAGCGCCACAUGUCUGUGAAUUUGCAUAAUCUGCUGCACAUAAAUGCAUCAGUCUAUAAUCAUGGACCACUCUGGGCAAACUCUUCUUUUGAGUUUGAAGAUGCCAAUGGUGAGCUGACUGCUCUUUUCCAUGGAACACAGGGCAUAGAUAUGCAGAUUGCAUCAUCAAUCUCUGCUGUUAAGCUCACUCCAGAACUUGCCAAAAAAUUAGAAAAAGGCUCACCCAGCUACUUGUUUUACAGAAGAAUGAAGUUUGGCAAAGAGCAGAAGUCCAUACAGCUUGAGGAAGGAGUACAUCUUCUCGGUGCCUUCUCAGCGAUGGAAGUCACAGAACCUUUGAGGAAUGCUCUACUGAACUGCUCUGGUGAGGAGGUCUUGGGAUGGUGCCAGGCUUUCAAAAGAGUGUUAAUCAAAGGUGAAGUGUUCCAUUCCAAAUCUUAUGGACGAGUCUACAGACGCAACAGUUACACCGUGACCUAUGAGGACAAUAAUUGUAAUCAUUGGUCACAGUGUAACUGUAUUAAGACAGCAUAUGGACAAGUACAGCACUUCAUAAAGCAUACACCGGCUUGUCAAAAUGGAUGUGUUGCCAUCUGCAAGUGUAACCCGGAACAGUAAUAAUAAUAAUAAUAAUGAACGUUCUUAAUACGCAUUUAAGAAUCUCAAUGCGCUUACAAUAAAUAAU